AUGACCAUGCUGCGGUCCCUCCUCGUCCUGCUGCUGACCGCGAUUGCGAUCGCACUCGAGGCCGCGCAGUUGCCCGCGCCCUUUGGCACACGCCUUGGCGUCACGGAUGGCGGCGUCGAAGUCUACUCCUGCAACCUGCCGCCGGGCGAAGAGGCGCUCGACAUGGACCCCAACUACGUCGAUGGCGUCUACACGGGCGUGCGCUGGCAGUGUGUCGAGCUCGCUCGCCGGUACUUGUACAUCAACUACGGCGUCAUCUUUGGCGAUGUCGACUACGCCUUCCAGAUCUACGACUUGCCGGCCUUUGAGCGCGUCACGACCAAGGCGGCCGUGGCCGUGACCAAGCACUCGAACGGCGCCGCAACACCGCCGAGCCCCGGCUCGCUCUUGAUCUGGAGCGCGUACGGUGAGAUGGCCGAGACGGGUCACGUCGCGGUCGUCGUCAACGUCACAGACACGCACGUCGACAUUGCCGAGCAGAACGUCGAGGACACGAUCUGGCCGACGGGCCGCCUCUACUCGCGCCGCCUCCAGGUCCAGCGCAACGCGACCUCGUACGAAAUCCAAAAGUGGUACGGCAAGGAGCACAUCAUCGGCUGGAUCACGGUCGACGGCGCGUCGCCGGCCGCUGUCCUCGACUCGACAACGACGAGCAGCAGCUACGGCUUUCUCCUUGCAGCUCUCAUCGUGGUGGCAGUGGGCGGGUUUGUUGCCCAGCGCCAGUACAGCCGUCGCAGCGACCGCUACGCCCAGUACGACUUUGUCAAAUCGCAGUAGGGCGUCUCACAACACGUCGUCGCUUCUGUGGACUUGGCGCUGACACAUGCCGAGCACCGACGCCUUGCCUCGCCAUCAGCUUGACACAGGGCACUCCGUGGCGUGGAGAAGGGAUGGCACGCCUGCUUUUGGAGCUAGUAUUUAGGAGUAGACGGAAGAUCGCAACCGAUUCGCAGCGCUUGGGGAAAGAGCAAAAUGCCGAGUCUAGUGAUGGGCCCACCCGAGCGAUAUACACUAGAAUGACUUUGAAUUUGUAGGUAUAUAAACAUGAGCGGUCGGGCUUAGAGGUCGC